AUGGACCAGUUGGCGGACUUCAUGGGACAUGACAUUCGUGUGCACAGACAGUUUUACAGGUUGCCUGAGGGGACGCUGCAGCUAGCCAAAAUCAGCAAGGUGCUGUUAGCCCUUGAACAGGGAAGAGCUGCGGAAUUCAAGGGUAAAAACAUUGAAGAGAUCAACAUUGAGCCUUAUGAGAAGCUGAAUUUAGUCAGUAACAUGUCUGAAAGUGAAGAUGAAGAGAGUGACAGCGAGAUGCCACAGCCAAAGAACACCAGGCGACCCCAGCGUCCUUCAACAUCUACAGACGAAUGUUUGGUUGACAGCGAGUCUGCAAUGCCACAGCCAAAGAAGCGACGACUAUCCCCUUCAACAUCAACGUCUACAGAGGAACUUCCCAUUAGCGGGAGGUCUACAAAGGGCAGAAGGAAGAAAGGAGGAAAGAUGCCUUCAAAGUCAGGUGGGUCAAAAUCCUCAAAAAGGGAGUGGACAGAAGAGGUGAAGGCAGUUGAGGACAGAUGCCUAUCCACUUCAAUAUCUUCAAUCUCUACAGGUGUGUCAAAACCCCCCAAAAGAAAGUGGACAGAAGAAGAGGUGAAGGCAGUUGGGAACAAACUGAUGGAUUGCAUCACAUCUGGCAGGGUACCAGGGAAAUUGCAAUGUGAAGACUGCAUCAGGUCAGCUCCUUCAGUUCUUAAGCAUAGAACCUGGGAAGCGGUGAAGUUUUACAUCAAAAACCGAAUAACGGCAUACCAGAGGGAAUGUGGUAAAAGAAAGUGAAAAAGCCGGCUCGGAUCAGUAUUAUAACUUUUCAGUUUUAGUCACAUCUGUUUUUUAACAGACUUGGUUUCUGUUUAGAAGUGUUGUCACAUUUCUAAUUCUGUUUUUUUUUUUUUUUUAAUACAUAAUUUCUUUCCCACACAUAAUGGCACCAGAUAGUAGUUCAGUUUAGCUCUACCUUACCGAUGUGCCUGGACCUUCCCAAA